CUUUCAAUUUAGAAAGCACUCUCCCUUUUGAAAUUCAUGUUUUCUGUACUUGAAAAAUGGCAAAGGAAGACUGAAAGAUGAGGAAAUUGUAAAUAACCGUUAAUACAUCUGUAAUCCAAUAAGCUGGUUAAAUCUGCACACCGGCAGCUUUUCUGCAGGGAGAAAUGGAGUGACUCACAGAACAUACCAAGGCUGACUUAAACUGGGUUUUUUCUAAACAUCAUGGGAGAGAUUAAAGUCUCUCCUGACUAUAACUGGUUCAGAAGCACGGUUCCUCUUAAAAAGAUAAUAGUAGACGAUGACGACAGUAAAGUCUGGUCUCUGUAUGAUGCAGGACCUAGGAGCAUUCGGUGCCCGCUCAUCUUCCUCCCUCCUGUAAGUGGAACUGCAGAUGUGUUUUUCCAGCAAAUUCUGGCGCUGACUGGAUGGGGCUACAGAGUUAUCGCUUUGCAGUAUCCGGUGUACUGGGAUCACCUUGAGUUCUGUGAUGGAUUCAGAAAACUGUUAGACCACCUUCAGCUGGAUAAAGUUCACCUUUUUGGAGCUUCUCUGGGAGGCUUUCUGGCUCAAAAAUUUGCUGAAUACACACACAAAUCUCCCAGAGUUCAGUCCCUCAUCCUAUGCAAUGCCUUUAGUGACACUUCUAUCUUCAAUCAGACAUGGACAGCAAACAGCUUUUGGCUGAUGCCUGCUUUUAUGCUGAAAAAAAUUGUCCUUGGGAACUUUGCAUCUGGUCCUCUAGAUCCUGAAAUGGCCGACGGGAUUGAUUUCAUGGUGGACAGGCUGGAGAGUCUGGGCCAGAGCGAGCUCGCUUCAAGACUUACUCUCAACUGCCAGAACUCCUACGUAGAACCUCAUAAAAUUCGAGACAUCCCUGUAACCAUUAUGGAUGUGUUUGACCAAAGCGCACUUUCGACUGAAGCAAAAGAAGAAAUGUAUAAGCUUUAUCCCAAUGCCAGAAGAGCUCAUCUCAAAACAGGCGGCAACUUCCCGUAUCUGUGCAGGAGUGCUGAGGUCAACCUAUACAUUCAAAUCCAUUUACUGCAGUUCCAUGGUACCCGUUACGCAGCCAUCGAUCCCUCCAUGGUCAGCGCGGAAGAGCUGGAAGUCCAAAAGAUCAGUCUUCACACUAGCAAUGACCAAGAAGAGCAGUAAGCUUUGGAGUGCUGGUGCAAAUGAGGAAUGGGUUGGUGGUCUUCCCGCGUACAAUCAACUGUUCCCGCUCCACCUUUUCCCUUGCGUUAGCCGAUUAUCACUGUGUGAUUCCAGCAGGAUCAACAGUUGGUGAACUACCCACGGACAGUAGCCUCAGCAGGGUAACAGGAUAGGUCUGUUUAAUUUUUAGUCUUUGAAUUCAAGGAAGCAUCUUUGAAGACUACAGUUUUAAAAACAAAGACAUUUUUGCUACCAAAGUCUUCGCUAUCAUGUUCUUUAGCGGAACAACAUUUCUUUUUAUAUUUUUCGCUCGGCUGUAUAUAUUGCCACAUGCAGGUUGUGUACUUAUAAGCUGACAUAUAUUUUUGUUGAAUAUUUGGUUUAAAAGAUGUUUAAGUGCCACUGUUGCCAUCACUUAUUUGCUUCGUUUGUUGUGUUGUAAGUUAGUUUCUAUUUGAAAGGAAGGGUUUGAAUUUUUAACUUGCUGUUUAAAAUGGUUUUCAAUAAAACUUUGAUUUUGGCAAGCGUCUCUUGUUUUGACUACAAGAGAACAGCAGUGUGGCUUAGUGCAGUCCUGGGUUGCCUUUACAGAUGUCUCCAGAAAUUAAUAAAACCGGCACCACCUGCUUGAAUUCACCUCAAGCUUUAAUUACAAGGUUGCGCUGGUUUUAGCUCUAAGUAAGAAUUAAGUAGUAAGAAUUAAGUAUUUUUUUAAUAAAGAAUGGCUGAGACAUAACUUGCAAAUUUAAGGGUAAAAUCUGGAUUUAUUGGAAUACAGAUGUUAUUCUCCCCUUAAAACACUGUAAAAAAUAAAUAAGAAGUAUUACAUGACAAAUUGGUAUUUAAGAAAACCGCAUGUCCCUGUCACAGGCUGUGUAGGUAACCAAUAGCCGUUCUUACCUCACACUUCAAGCUGUAACCUAGGGAUUAAAGCAGUUACCUAUUUGAUGUAUAAAUGGCACAUGUAAAUGUAUAUUUAGAAACAGUGUAUGUUAAUGUUCUUUGAAAUUUUUUGUGACAAGUUGAAACAUUAAGGAUCGCAACCCUUAAGGUGCCAAAAGCACCACGGGGUAGCCUUGACUUUUCUUAUU